CGCAACCACUGCCGCGCGAGAGAAAAAGGUCUCACAUGGUCCUUUUGCAAGCCUCUCUCCUCCCCCGUCGUCUGCUGUCUGUCACUGCGCAAGGCGCAGCACACGCAGCUGCACUGCGCUGCGUGUGUAUAAAUGACCGCCUUGCUUCCUCCCAUUCAUAUCUCACAUCUUUGGUCAGUGACAUUGAGAGAACCAUCUUUGGUCAGGAGCCUUCUUGGUUGGUACUUGAAAGCUUCUUCUUCCUCUUGUUCUUGCUGCUGCUGAGAGGUUGUGAGGGAUUGCGAUGGGAGUGGGGGGCACCUUGGAGUACCUGUCCGGGCUGCUGGGGGGCGGCGGAGGCCAUGGCCAUGGCCACGGCCACGGCAACAGGAGGAGGAGGAAGCAGAUGCAGACGGUGGAGCUCAAGGUCAGCAUGGACUGCGAGGGGUGCGAGCGCAAGGUCAAGAACGCGCUCUCCUCCAUGAAAGGGGUCCGAUCAGUGAACAUCAACAGGAAGCAGCAGAAGGUGACGGUGGCGGGGUACGCGGAUGCCAGCAAGGUGCUGAGGAAGGCGCAGUCCACGGGGAAGAAGGCCGAGAUAUGGCCCUACGUGCCCUACAGCCAGGUCAGCCAGCCCUACGUCGCCGGCACCUACGACAAGCGGGCCCCCGCCGGCUACGUCAGGAGCCAGGAGCCCGGCUACGGCAACGUGUCCGGCCAGGUCAGCAGGCAGGACGACCAGCUCACCGACAUGUUCAACGACGACAACGCCAACUCCUGCGCCGUCAUGUGAUGUGAUGAGAGGAAAAAAAAUAAUAACCUGUGCUGAUGUUCUGCAUGCGGCUGGUGAUCCCUGGAAGGAAGUGUUGGACAAUGUUUGUGAGUUCAUCUCAAGUAGUAGUAGCGAAACUACUAUGCAGUAGUAGUGCUGAAGUAUGAAUGUUACUACUAGUAGUAGUUUGGAGUGCUGAUUAGGAUCAGUGUUGACGAUCCAACCCUCGGACUGUCACGGGUAUGAGUCGAGAAACCCAUGGAUCGUUUGGGUAACUUGGUCGUGCAGAAAGACAUCUCAAUGUUUCGCAAAAAGAGAGAGAGAGAAAGACAUCUCAAUGGCCUGAUCCUC